GAUAUAUAUUUGAUAUCUCAUUACAUUAGAUUCAAUCCAUCUAACCCGCUGGUAGUGUAGUCGUCGGUUAAAGGGCAGGGGAGAAGGGAGAGCAGGCAAACACGAAAGAUGCAUUCCUUCGGUUACAGAGCCAAUGCUCUCCUAACUUUUUCUCUCACGAUUCUAGCUCUCAUGUGCGCCAUGGCUUCUCUUUCGGACAAUCUCAACUCUCCUUCCCCCACUGCAAGUGUUAAGGUCUUGAAUAUCAAUCGGUUUCAGAAGAAAUCAACUGGGGAUGACGAGGUUGGGAUUACACUAGAUAUAUCUGCAGACCUACAGUCAUUGUUUACAUGGAACACAAAGCAAGUUUUUGUAUUUCUAGCUGCUGAAUACAGUACUCCAAAGAACAUCCUUAAUCAGGUUUCAUUGUGGGAUGGUAUCAUACCAGCACAAGAUGGUGCAAAAUUUUCUAUAAAAACCAAGAACAAGUACAGGUUCAUUGAUCAGGGAAGCAACCUUCGUGGGAGAGAUUUUAACUUGACAUUACACUGGCAUGUGAUGCCGAAAACUGGGAAGAUGUUUGCUGACAAAUUAGUCCUGCCCGGAUUUCGCCUGCCCGAGUUUUUUCCGGAUUCCGAUCCUUCUUCUUCGCACCAAUUCUUCGUCUCCUUCCAGCUUUAUCCCUCUAAUCCCUGUUCGUCUUCUUCACCCAAAAAUCAAUUUGUACUGGCUUGGUUUCAUCAAAACUCGAUCGCUCACCACAGCCCGAUUCUCGAACUCAAAUCGAAGCCGUUGUUUCAUCUCCUCAUAAUUGCAAAUAGAAGCUACUGA